UUGACGAACUGUCGGAGCGAAAGUACAGGUAUCGCCAUCUGAUGAUCGGUUAGGACGUGUGUUCGCAAAACGACCGAAACAGGACGCUCGGGCAGAGAAAUUCGUCUCUGAUUGUGUUAAACGCGCGCGCGUAUAACUAACAGUAAUACAGUUCUUUUAGAAAAGUAACAAUAGCGGUCACGGUUCGUUCUUCCGUUAUCAUUUCGUCUGUUUAAUAUUUACGUCGCGCGACAAAUCGUAUGUCAAAAUUUCGUUAGGUCACGGGUGAAGAUACGAAUAGGACCAGCCAGAACGUAUUUGCUGUACUUUUGGGACAAAGAAGUACGGUAGCCGUGAAUCACGAGAACCCUGCAGUGCAAGGAUCCUGUAAUGUCUUCGUAGUCGACAGGAUUGUAAUAUGUGAAAAUGGAUUUUAAAAGCGUGGUGUACAACGCAGCGAGGGACGGCACAUUGAAACGCUUAAAGGUGUUUCUGGAUCAUCGAGGAAAAGAUGAGGUAGGACAAUUAGUGGGCGCCAAAACUCAUGGCGCAACACCUUUGGUCAUGGCCUGUCGAAACGGACAUUACGACGUGGCUGAGUACCUCAUCAAAGAAUGCGGAGCGGAUAUCGAACAGCCUGGGUCAGUCGUAUUUGGCGGGGAAACGAUAGAAGGUGCACCGCCUCUAUGGUGCGCAGCUGCAGCCGGUCAUUUGGCUCUGGUCAGAUUACUGGUGAAAAGAGGUGCCAAGGUGAACUCGACCACCAAAACAAAUUCCACGCCAUUGCGCGCGGCCUGCUUCGAUGGUUAUUUUGAAAUCGUCCGAUUUUUGGUAAAUCACGGUGCAGACAUCGAAAUGGCUAACCAUCAGGGUCACACCAGUCUGAUGAUCGCCUGUUACAAAGGUCACAUUAAAAUUGCCAAGUUCCUACUCGCCUUGAAAGCGGACGUGAACCGGAAAUCCGUCAGGGGUUACACGGCGCUUCACGAUUGCGCCGAAAGCGGAUCACUGGACAUCGUGAAGCUACUGAUCGAGCACGGUGCCAGGAUGGACGUGGACUCGUACGGGAUGACACCGCUCCUUGUGGCAGCAGUAACAGGUCAUAAACACAUCGUCGAAUACUUCAUCGGUAUACCGAACUUAGUCAGUCGGAAAGAACGUAUAGACGCGUUGGAAUUGUUGGGGGCGACUUACGUGGAUAAAGAAAGGGACAUGAUAGGGGCGCUCGAAUUUUGGAAACGAGCGAUGGACGAAAGAUAUCGAAGAGAUAGCCCGGUGAUAGCGAAACCAUUGCCACCCCCUGUGGUAGCUGCCUACGAUUUCACAAGAGAAAUUUCCAACCCAGAUGAAUUAGACGAUUUGUUAACCGAUCCGGAUGAAAUGCGAAUGCAGGCAUUGGUGAUCAGGGAACGAAUAUUAGGCCCAGCUCAUCCUGAUACCAGUUACUAUAUACGUUAUAGAGGAGCACUGUACGCGGACGGUGGGAAAUUCGAUCGUUGCAUCAAACUUUGGAAUUACGCUUUGGAUAUGCAGCAGAGUAUGCUGGAGCCGCUCGAUCCAAUGACUCAGAGUUCAUUAUUCAGUUUUACCGAGUUGUUUAGCUUUAUGAUAGGUACUCAGACGAGUACCGGGCGCAGAGUACCGCCGGUACAAAAGAAGGAACUUCUUAGAGUAUUCAAGAAAGCUGUCUUAGAAGUGGCAUUAGGCAAACAAAUGUUGGAUAAAAUCCCGGUCUGCAAACGUGAUUUAACUUAUUUGAACAGAGUUCUUGUGAUUACUUUGCAUCUCGCGUGUUUAUUAACACGUGAGAUUCCAGAGAAAGGGACGGACGAAUACAUCACGUUGCACAAAGCGAUUUAUGAACUAGUUGGAAUAAAUGCGAAAGGGAAACAAGGCCGUGAUGUAUUGCAAUUAAUUUAUAGCGAAAAGGGUGCCGUAGUUGGUAGCUAUUCGACCUCCAAGUUCCCCUCGUCGAAUUUAGCGAACGCUCUUAUUAAAGUUGGCGCUGACGUUACGGCAAGAGACAACGACGGUAACACAGCGUUACAUCUUGCUGCUGUUUCGCACUUUAGGCGGCCAGAUCUUGCCGUUACUCUUCUCGAGGCUGGUGCCCACAUCGACACCGUUAAUAACGAGGGUAAAACCUUUGAGAUGUUGUUACGCGACAAACGUCUAUACGACUCGGUAUGCCCUGUAAAAUACACCACGCUCACCUGUUUAGCGGCUAGAGUAGUCAAAAGAACGUACGAACUGGAAGACGUACCGAAACAUCUUCGCGCUUUCGUUCAGAUGCACUAGUGGGUGUAAUCGAUGGGCUGAAGAAAAAGCUGUAUCGUGUAAAAAUACCACAGGACGUAUUUAUUUAUUAAUCGAACGAAAAAGAGUCGACAAUGAAGUUUUACUUUUUUUCGUACACGUAGACUAACUACCAGAAUGUGUUUCCGAAUGGGAGAAUAUAAGAUCUACUUUUUGAGAAUUGCCAUUACAACAAGCGAUAAGUAGAGUACACUCUAAGAGACAUCUCAGAUUUCAGUUGUAUUAUCUUGAAAUCGUGAAGAUUGAUCCGUCGUACGAGACUAUUUUAAUGACUCAGGUAUAUUGCCCAAGGAUGGACAGAAAUGAAACAUAAUUCAGGAUAUGUACAUUAAAUUUCCAAGUUAAUAUGGCAAUGUUUUUUCUUUAUUGUGAUUUUCUACUAAGGAGAAGAUAUUCGAUACUAACGUCGGACGACGUGUAAGGCAUACGAUAAAAGGAGAAGAGUACUUAUUACGUGCAUUGUCUACAAUGGCUUACAAAUACUGUCAAUGUGAUUUUAUUGUUGUAUAAUUGGCUGACAGCCUACCCCUUAUACAUAAACCCCAUAUAAGCCAUAAUAUACACACACUUCAUCGAUACUAUUUAGUCAUAACGGGGAUGUAUGCUAAAUUGAAAGACACGUGUAAUCGUAGAAGACACGAUUUUACCUUCGAUGCUGUAUAAAAAAAGAAAUAAAAAAGAAGAAAAAAAGAGGGAUAAGAAAGUGUAAUAGAGUUUUGUUGAUAUAGCAUGAAACGAUUUCAAUAAAAAAUAAAGCAUAUGCUUUUGUGAUAAAAAUCGUAAAAAAUGGAAAUCGUAACUAUUAAUUUUUUUUUUUUUUGCAAAUGUUACAGACCUUUUCAGUUUAAGGAUGUGUGUUUUGUUUCUACUAGACAUGGUUGGAAUGUCACUUAAGUUAUGUUGCUUUAAAGAAUUUGCUAAUCGAUUAGAUUCGGGGUUGUAUACCCCUAGUACGAUAUAGAUAGUACAUGGAAGUUUCUUGAAAAUGGUUCGUUUACAUCGAUUUUCAAGCUUACCUUUAUUUAAAAUGUGAUAAACAUACAUGUAGUUUGUAAGUAUUAUACAGAAUUAUAUAUAUAUAUAUAUAUACAUAAGAAGAAUCACAUAGGUGAGGUGUUCAAGUAAGGUGCUUUUUUUGAGGAUGAACAAAUAAUUACACUUGACACUAUGUAGCACAGCAGCUGCCAUGGUAACAGCAAUUCGUAUAGAAUGUAAUUUUCAUCAGAAUUCGAUCCAGCUAUAAAGUUUUGUACUUUUUAACACAUUUCAUUCCAAUAAUUAUAUUCACACACUGUUACUGGUUUACACAGGACACUUAUAAUUCUCGGCAAAAAAAGUAUCUUACGUUAAUGAUCACCAAAUUUAACUGUUUUAUAAUGUAAAGACUGUGGAAAUACAGGCGUGAUUAAUAAUAUAA